AUGAAUAAUUCUAAUAUUUUCGAUGGUCAUUAAUACACAUUAGCUACUCAGGAAAUCAAAGAGUAAGUCAUUUAUAUGACAGAGGUUCUUAAAGGAGAGAGAAAUUUCUUAAACAAACAUUUCUAAAAUGCAAUCACUAACUACUUCAUGGAAGAUUAUGCAAGCUAGUUCUUGAAGGAAAAAAUGAAUUUAAAAACAUACAAAGAAGUUAAAAAUGUGAUAUCUUAAAAACUAGAAGAAAGAAAAAAAUCUGAAUACCCUGGCACAAAGUAUAUGAAUUUAAUAAACAUUUAUUAUGAAGAGCAUUCUAAAUGGGACACACUUUAGCUAUAUUAAAAUUAUUUGCGCGAUUUAGCACUUUCUAACGAAGAUAAAAACUAUAAAUAAGGAAGUUAAGAGUGGAUUACUGUCUGCUGGAAAAAGGCUACAGCUCUUUUUGUCUUACAUCACUCAUUAAAUCCAAGUCUUUCUUCUAUAUUUGAAAUAUGGAACAGCUUGUAUCCUGAAGACCCUAUAAUUAAGAAGAAAAAAACAAAAGAAGAGAGGGAUAAAGAAAAAAUGAGAGAACAAAUAAAGGAAUAAGGAAGCUGCGAUUAUCAAGACUCUUAUUCAGUAGUAAAGAAAGGCAAAAAAGGUAUUUAAAAAAAUAAAACUCAAAUAGAUAGGUCCUCUCUUAAUAAACAAAAGGACAUUCAAUUAUGGAGAAAAAAUAACAAAAAACAAAGUCCCCACAACCCAAAUUCAGAUCAAGAAGAAAAUAAUUAAUUCGAUAAUAAUAGUGAUGAAAAAUAUUCAUAAAACAGUUCUGAUAAUAAUAACUUCAAUAAUAACAACAACAAUAGAGAUUAAAUAAUUAAGCAAGCAAAUUAAAAAAAGAAAUUUCAAAAUAAUAAAACAAAAGUAGAAGAUUAAGAAAAUAAUUAAUUAGUAGAAAGCUUGACAGAUGUAAAAGAUUCUAUUCAUCUGUUCAAGGAGAGGAUAAUAAAGGAAAAUGGAGGUGAAGGCUUUGACGCAUUCCCAGACUUUGAGUAUAUUCCUAUGACUUCAAAAAUUAAUUAAGAAAGUAACACCACCAAUUCCAUCAUAGUGUAAUAAAUGGAUCAAGAAAAAAUUAAAGAAGAAUACCAAAAUCGUAGUUUUCUUGGCUGCAUGGACAUUGAAUAAAGUAAAGACAAAGAUUCAAUUUUUAAAUCUCUUAUUUUUGCUAAAGGAAACCAGGUAGGUGGUAACAUAAAUUUAAACUUAAAUUUGAACUAAAAUCAAAACAAUAACACUCAAUAAUAACAAUAACAACAACAAUAAUAAUAACCAUAAAGCUCAUUGUUAAUUAAUUAAUCAUAACCCAUAUUUGAAAAUGAAGAUUUUUUUGCUAAAAAUAUGAAUAUUUUCUAAGAUAUUGGUUUUGGAGAUUUAAAUAACGAAUUAUAGAUGUUUGAAUCAUAAAAAAAUCCAACUAUGAAAGUAAAUUUACCCAUAUUUAAUUCACUCACUUUCUCUGCUAUGAAUAUGAACAAUAAUUUUAAUUUGAAUCUCUUAAGCAACAAUAACUUAAACAGCACUUUGUAUCAGUAGAACAACAUUUUUGGUUCUAAAUUUUACUAAUAACUUGAAGAAUAGCAAGUUACAAACAGUUUAUAAUUCUUAAGAAUAUCUGAUAAAAAUGAUUAAAAGGCACCAAUUAAUUAAAGCCUCUAAGUAGAUUUUGAGAGACAAAAUGAAGAAUAAGAUCAAAGACUAGCAUUUGAUAUGGCUCAAACUGAAGACUCUGUUUAUCAUUCUAAUAAAAUUAAAAUUCCAAAUAUUAAAAAGGAAAACGGAGCAGAUAAUUAUUACAAUAAUGAAGAAGAUAAAAAUAAUGAUGAUGGAGUCAGAGAAAUUCAAGAAUUUUUAAACCAUAUAAACUCUCUUCCUAUAGCUUAGUCAUAAAAAUUCAAAGAAAUAUUAAGCAAUAACAUAAAUGGUAGUAUUAACAUCAACAACAACAAUAAUAAUAAUAUUACAAAUUCAAACAACUUAUUAAAUGGUAAUCAAAAAAGUGCUGAUACUUACACUACAUCUUAAGAAGACACAUAAUCCUCAAACACUUUCUCAUCAAAUACUUCUAAUCUGAUUAAUUCUAACCAAUAUUUCCUUAAAAACUUAUCCUAACAUUAAUUUAUAUGA